CCGCGCCGCCCUCAGCCGCCCGCCCCGCUCCGACCGACGGGCGCCACGGACGCAUCCGACGGAGGAUUAUUCAGCUCAAGGGAAUGAAGAAUUCAGAAUAAUUUUGACAAGUGGAUCCCAAUAUUGGAAAUAAGAAUAAGCUGAACAUUUGAUCUGCUUUGAAGAAACGUACUGUCCAUUCAUCUAAAGUGAUCGAUAGCAACCAAACCAAUCAAAAUGAAUUCAACAGUAUUUUCCCAGGUUGGAAAUCAUUCAAUCUACUAUAAUUUUUCAAAGAAUAAUUCCCAGUUUUUGGCUUUUGAAAUUGAUGAUUGUCAUCUGCCCUUGGCCAUGAUAUUUACAUUAGCUCUUGCUUACGGAGCCGUGAUAAUUCUUGGGGUCACUGGAAACUUGGCCUUGAUCAUAAUCAUCUUGAGACAAAAAGAGAUGAGAAAUGUUACCAACAUCCUGAUUGUGAACCUUUCCUUCUCAGACUUGCUUGUUGCUAUCAUGUGUCUCCCCUUCACCUUUGUCUACACGAUAAUGGACCACUGGGUUUUCGGUGAGGCGAUGUGCAAGCUAAAUCCUUUCGUGCAAUGUGUUUCGAUCACUGUGUCCAUUUUCUCUCUGGUUCUCAUUGCUGUGGAACGACAUCAGCUGAUAAUCAACCCACGAGGGUGGAGACCAAAUAAUAGACACGCUUACGUAGCUAUUGCUGUCAUUUGGCUCCUUGCUGUGGCUUCUUCUUUACCCUUCCUGAUCUACCAAGUCUUGACUGAUGAACCACUCCAGAAUUUCACACUUGAUGGGUACAAGGACAAAUACGUAUGCUUUGAUAAAUUUCCAUCGGAGUCUCAUAGGUUGUCUUAUACCACUCUCCUCUUGGUGCUGCAGUAUUUUGGCCCACUCUGUUUUAUAUUUAUUUGCUACUUUAAGAUAUAUAUGCGCUUAAAAAGGAGAAACAAUAUGAUGGACAAGAUGAGAGACAAUAAGUACAGGUCCAGUGAAACCAAAAGAAUCAACAUCAUGCUGCUGUCCAUUGUGGUGGCAUUUGCAGUCUGCUGGCUUCCUCUUACCAUCUUUAACAUUGUUUUCGAUUGGAACCAUCAGGUCAUUGCUAUAUGCAACCAUAAUCUCUUCUUCCUGCUCUGCCACCUCACAGCAAUGAUAUCCACCUGUGUCAACCCCAUAUUUUAUGGAUUCCUGAACAAAAAUUUCCAGAGAGAUUUGCAGUUCUUCUUUAACUUCUGUGAUUUCCGGUCUCGAGAUGAUGACUAUGAGACAAUAGCUAUGUCUACCAUGCACACGGAUGUUUCUAAGACUUCUUUGAAGCAAGCAAGCCCAGUCGCAUUUAAAAAAAUCAACAACAAUGAUAAUGAUCUGAAACUGCUGUAGCAUAUGGCCCCAGCUGACAUCUAUUUCAAAACAAGCACAACCUGCAACAUGCUUUCAUUACCUGUUCAACCAAGGAAUGGGGUUGAACUCAUUGAAGAAAAACCAAGAUCUUCCUGUCUUGCUUUUCACUGCUUUUGUUGUAACUGUCAUAAUUACAUUUGGAACAAAAUAUAUGGGCUUUGGAAUCUUCUGGAAAUAGUGUUGACCAGACAUCCUUGAAGUACUUUUUGUAAAUGUAUGCAUAUACUGUAAAAACUUUUUAUAUUGUAUUUAUUGGACUGAAAUGUCUUUAAAGUAUUACUAUCAAUGACUUUAGAAGCACUGCACCUGAUACUCUCAUUACAUUGAGCAACCUGAUUAGGUUGUCACUAGGUUGGGGUGAUCCUAACGUAACAGUAGGCAUCAUUUCAGUCUGUUACAGAGGUGACAGCUUGCAAGUAGCAUUCAGGAUGUGGAGGUAAAAGAGAGUCUAUGUCUUGCAUACCUACAGUCUAAAGUCAUUCAGAAGUGAUUUGCAUUUUUUUAAGUUGUAAGGCAGUAUUUAAUUUGCUCUUAAUUAUCACUUAAGAAAAAAUGCAUAAAAAUAUACUUCUCAGCUGUAAAUACCAUGGGGGAUUGGGCUACCCACAAGAAUUAAAUGAAAAAGCAGUUGCCUGAUUUCAAAACUGUUUUGGUACCCAACAAUCAAAGGAUUUCAAAGUAAUCAGUUUAAUAAUUAAAUUAAUAACUCUAAAAGUAGUUGAAUUAUAUUUAUUUGAAUUGAUGGUCAAGGGGUUUUCCAUUCUUCACAAACUGUUCAGUGUUUGUCAAGUUGUCAAGCUUUCUAACAUAAAUAUACAUGCAAUUUGAAAGGCAUUUACAGCUUACAAUGUAUAAAAACACAGUGUAUUUUCCAUACAUCAGUGCCUAUGUAGUAACUCAUUUUGACUUUUCAGUGUCCGUCUUCAAAAAAGGACACCAAGGUACAGUGUUAAAAGAAUGUUCACCCUGGCUAGCAGGGAUAAAUACCUGAAAACUGAAAACACUUCAUAUAGCCCAUGUUAACCUGUAUAAACUGUGUGCCUUGUGGAGUCUUUUAAGUAAUGCACUAUAUAGAGUUCUGAGUAGUUGUGUCAUGUUAAUAUAUUUAAUUUCAUGUAUCCUGUAAUCAUGAUUGAGCCUCAGAAUCAUUUGGAGAAAAAAUAUUUUGAAGAACAAGACAUAUCUUUGAUGUAGUAUGCACACAAAGUAUUACAUGUGUUGAUUUUAGAAGGGUAGACAUUUUCUUUAUUAAAAAUCGUUUUUGCUUUUUCUGAG